CGACAGGUGCCGCAACAAACAGGAGGUGAGAACUCGCGGACGCGGAACCAUUUGGUGGGCAGGACUUCCGGCGGAAUAUCGCACUCUCUGGGAAACUCAGAGCUGUCCUGGGUUGUCGCUGUUCAGAGUUUUGUGAAGAUGGCUUGUGCUGCUGCGCGCUCCCCGGCCGACCAGGACAGGUUUAUUUGUAUCUAUCCUGCUUAUUUAAAUAAUAAGAAGACCAUUGCAGAGGGAAGGCGAAUCCCCAUAAGUAAGGCUGUUGAAAAUCCUACAGCUACAGAGAUUCAAGAUGUAUGUUCAGCAGUUGGACUUAACGUAUUUCUUGAGAAAAAUAAAAUGUACUCCAGAGAAUGGAAUCGUGAUGUCCAAUACAGAGGCAGAGUCCGGGUCCAGCUCAAACAGGAAGAUGGCAGCCUCUGCCUUGUACAGUUUCCAUCACAUUAUACACUAAGCCUAACUUCUGGUUCCUAGUUCCAGUAUGAUAUCCUGUUGGGUAUUCUGGACAACUUGGACCCAGUAGUGUUCUUCAGAUGUCCUUCCCCAGAGUCUGCCAGCCUGGAGCAGCUCCCAGAGGUCCACUCAGAAAGACCCACCUAAGCAGCUUCCCUUUCUCUGUCGGUGGAGGCAUUAUCAGCCAGGCUCAAAGCUGCUAAUGAACUCAUUCAUUUUGACUACAUAUAUGCCAAGCCUGUAGUCUGAGACAGAGGGCCAAGCUAAUGUGGUAGUGAAAAUCAAGGAAGCACCUCUCAGCCUCUCAGAGAAUGAUCACCCAGAAUUCAUUGUCUGAGUGAAGGAAGACCCUGUAGAAGACUUCAUUCUAGACCUGGGUAUCUCAAAUCCACUUUCAUCCAGCCAUUGCCUGAAGCCAUCUUCCUGUCUACUGGAUGUUUAUAGUGACUGUGGGUAUGAGGGCUUCCCUUUCCCCUGCAGCAACAUGUCCUCUCUGCUUGUUGCACACCAUUCUAGGGAGGAGACUUUGGCCAAUGAACUCUUACCUUAGCUGGUUAGUGUCUAAGGAGUGAUCCAAUACUGUUGCCCUUUUCCUUGACUAUUAAACUGCUUGGAGGAUAACAGAGAAGCCUGCCUGUGCUUCAUUCAGAAAGCCAGAACAGAAAGUGUACAGUCCUAGAGAAUUCUCAAGUAUUUAUCUGUUCAAACCUCAGAUAACCCUAAGUUUUGUCUUUUGGCAUCCAGCAGUCCAAGGUAUUCAAGAUGUUACUGUAAUUCAGAACUACAGCUUUUGAGGUUGUACUUUUUUCUAAAGAGUGGUACUUUGACCUAAAUAUUUAUUAUGUUAGGGUGAUUAGACAAGUGUCUUAGAAGAGACAGGGAAUUCACGAAUGGCUCUUUAUCAUUUCUCCUCCCCGCUUCUUAGUAUCUCAGGCUUGCCUCUAGUUUCAGGUCCUUUAGUUUGCUUCUGCAAGCAGAGAGAACACCAACCUGAGGGGCUCUUUUCCCUUUAUGUACAGUUCAAGUAAAGAUCAAGAAUUUUUUGUAAAAUUACAGAGAUUUAUGUAAAUGCUUGAUGGAAUUUUUCCUGCUAGUAUAGUUUCUGGAAGGUGCUUUCUCCAUUUAUUUAAAACUACCUAUGCAAUUAAAAAGUAUAAU